AACCUGUUGUAAACACGGUGUUUAAUCUUAAAACUGUGAUUGGAUGGUUUGGUAGGAACGAAGACAGCACAUUUGACUCUUGUGACGCGAAGUGGACUGCACAUGCCUUCAGGGCGCAUGCAUUUUAAUCCAUGAGCAGUAGCAAUCGAUCUCCUCCUUCUCAUUGGGAAAAAGGUAGCGGAAGUAGGGGCAACAGCCGUCAUCUGGAAGUCAACGGCCAGCGUGUGAAAUAUAUCGGGCCAGGAAGUGCAGACAAGGACGCAGCGUGUGUAAGAGCAAACACAUACGUCCCACUCUCCCAGGCGAUCUACUACUUCGAAGUGCAAAUCAUCAGCAAGGGGAGGGAUGGGUACAUUGGGGUGGGCUUCUGCACAGCUGAUGUAAACAUGGAUAGGCUCCCUGGCUGGGAGCCACAAAGCUAUGGCUACCACGGCGAUGAUGGCAAUGCCUUCCGCAGCGAUGGGAAGGGAAGGCGCUAUGGCCCAACCUUUGGCACCGGGGAUGUCGUUGGAGCGCUUUUGAACAGAGCCGAGCAAACGAUAGCCUACUUCAAGAAUGGCAUUGAUCUGGGCACUGCCUUCCUGGGUGUGGCUGAGGAGAAGCUCUAUCCCUGCGUGGGCAUGCAAACCCACGAAGAAGAGGUGCUGGCCAAUUUUGGAGAGGCGCCCUUCAAAGCUGAUGUGGAGAGCAUGAAGGUGGAAGCAGCACGCAGAUUAGAAGCGCAGAUACAGGAGACAGUGCUUCCCGCCAGGGGCAAGGUGGGGUCCUUGUUGGCGGAGCUGAUCUUCGACUACAUGGUGCACAACUGCUACUUUGAGUCGGCCGCGGUGGUCGCACGGGACCUGCUGGACGGCGCGGUGGAGGUGUCGCCUCAGGACAGGGACGAGGUGCGGCUGCGCGCGGGGGCGGCCGAAGCGCUCGUGGCCGGCCGCAUAGACGACGCCAUGAGCAGCGCCGAGCACGUGGCGCCGGGCGUGCUGCAGGCGCACCCCGGCAUUCUCUUCCGGCUGCAGUGCCAGAAAUUCAUGGAGCUGGUGCGGCAACGGGACGAUGAGGGGGCCGUGAAGUUUGGGAGCACAGUGCUGAAGAAGUCUGCUGCCACUGGCGAGGAUCAGGAGCUACUGCAGGACGCCCUCAGUCUGCUGGGCUACAAUGACCCAGCCAGCAGCCCCUGUGGCAGCCUCCUUGGCACAAAGGUAAGAGAGGACUUGGCCAAGGUGCUGACUGCAGCCAUCCUUAAGCACACCGGCAAAAGGGAACAGAGCGCCCUGGAACGCAUUGGGUGCCAGCUGGAAGCAUCGCUGGGCACAUUGCUGAGCUUGGGCGACCCUCGCAUUGCUCUGAUCGAGAAUGUUGGGCCAGGGAAGGGUCUUAAACACUAGCAGCCCGUCCCAGCCUGCUCCCUGAGCAGAAAUGCAUGCAUGCGAUCGCAAUGAAUAAGACUCUGCGGCAAGCAGCGGUGCUUGUAUAGAACAACGUCAGGGACUUGAUGGAGGGUGUAUUUGUUUGUUGUGCAAUAUUUGCAAAGAGAGUUCCCAGGAGACUUCCUUGAAGGCCCUUCCGGGACUUUCCUGUAUACUGUACUUAUUCAGAUAAAUGAAAUGUAAAUGAAUGGUACUGGCGGUAUC